AUGUCUACUCCUUCAGACCAGCCUCUUCAGCCAAGCCUUGCUCCAAAGAGAAGAGAGCGUCUCACAUCAGGUGGUGAUCAAACACCAGAAGAAAUUGCAAGAAAACAGGCUGCAGACGCUUUUUUCAAAGGUAAAAAGCAUCGUCGUGAGUCUUCCGCAAGUAAAUACUAUAUUGGCGAUCAUUUAGGUAUGCAUGAAGAUAAUGUAGUUGACCAAAUUCUCUUUUCUUUCAGCCCACCAGAAGAUUUGUAUUUUGCUGAUCACUGCACUCGUUUGACAAACAGGAACCACAUGGAAGAUUGUGGAUUUAUUGUUACAACAAAUCACAUAUGUAUUACCAAUACUCGCUUAAACGCUUACAUUAUUCCAAAUCCAAUUCCCAUUUCCGAUAUUAAGUCCAUUUCGACAUCUUUGGAAACAGAUAAUGCAGUCGUUAUUCAUCUACCAGAAUAUAAUUCAGAGCUUAUCAUGACUUCUUUCAAAAUCGAGUUGAUGAAGGUCUUGAUGGACAGAUUUAAAGCCAUUACAAAUAGAGAAUUGGAAAUCAAAUUCUCUAAUGUCCUUGAAUUUGAUGUAGAUGACUCUACUUCCUUCGAAUUCGAUUUCGUUCGCGCAAAUGAUGGAGUUCGCAUGACAUUAUUCAUCAAAGCGAAGACUGCUAGACCUCCAGCUACUCAUUAA